GAAGCUGUGUUUGGAUUUCUCUUGCUUUUUUUUUCUUGGUGCUACAGGUUGGCGCGUGCCUCUGGACUUUGUAUGCCUUACUGGUGGAGGUGGGAAAACAUCACGCAGACGUCCGUCCAUCCGUCCAUCAGUCCAUCCAUCCAUCCACCCGUACACGACUAGACGCGUGCACCAGACGCAGCAGGUGCCUAAAAAACUCUGGCUGAAAUCAACCCACAGCGGUGAAACAUGAGGACCGGAGUUACACUUCUCACAGCCGCUCUCCUGCUGCCCGUCAUUCAGGCUGUUUGCCCGGAUAAGGUUCCUGGCCUGCAGCCCUGGAUGCCUGGCUUUAGUGAAGCCCACCACGUUACCAUUGGUUUUGGCCGCAAAGUGCUCCUGACCUCCUCAGCCACCGUCCACUCCAUCGAAAUCCUGAACGGAGGGAAGCUUGUGAUCGCUGAUACAAACCAGCCCAUAUUCCUGAGAGCCAAACACAUUCUGAUUGGCAAUAAAGGCGAGCUCCACAUCGGCAGUCCAGACUGUCCAUAUAAGGGAAACCUCACCAUCGGCCUCUACGGCAGGUCUGACGACAGCGAUGAGGGACACACCUACUUUGGGCGAAAGUACCUUGGCGUGGGAACCGGAGGAACUCUGGAAGUUCACGGCGAGAAGAAGCUCUCGUGGACGUUCCUGAACAAAACCCUGCACCCUGGAGAAGGCAACGAGAACAGCUACCAGUUUGAGCGAAGCUGGGGUAACAGGGGCAUCAUCGUCCACGUGGUCGAGCCGAAGACCGGAGAGGUUCUUCACUCUGAUAGGUUUGACACGUACCGCAGUAAAGACGAGAGCAGGAGGCUGGCGCAGUACGUGGAGGCAGUGGAGAACGGGCAGAUCUUGGCCAUGGUGGUGAACGACGAAGGCUCCAACAACCUGGAGGACACAGCCAGGAAGGCUCUGGUGAAGCUCGGCAGCCGUCACUUCCACCGGCUCGGUUUCAGGCAUCCGUGGAGUUUUAUUACAGUGAAAGGAGACGCAUCCUCAGCCGUGGAGGAUCACGCCAUUUAUCAAGGAACCAAGGCAUCAUCAGAGGCCAGAAGUGUGCGAUCAUUCCGCUCCGGCUACGGAGAGCAUUUCACCAUCACCACUCUCAGCCAAUGGGUUCAGGAGGCUGAGUGGACUGAGUGGUUUGACCGAGAUGAUGAGAGAGGAUCAGGGGACUGGGAGAAGCUAUCUGACCUCCAUAAGGCUUUUCCAGAGAGACUCUGCAGCAAUCCGCUGGAUAUUGAGGCUGAAACCCUGGAUGGCAUCCCUGCCAACAUGACGGGCGAGGUGUUCUCCAAAUUCGACAAGAACUACGGCUUUGUGUGUCUCAACAAGGACCAGGCGGAAGGAAUCUGCCACAACUACCGCGUCCGCUUUCUCUGUGGCAAACUCGUCCGUCCACAGGCCUCCAUCUCCAUAGACAUCGUCUCCAACUGCACCAUCCUGGAACUAGCAGACGAAGCUCAGGGCUGGCGGCCGGGCGACAGGCUGGUGGUGGCCAGCACCGACUAUUCAAUGCACCAGGCUGAAGAAUUCAGCGUCCUGCCCUGUCCCACCUGCUCCAGCAACCAGGUCAAAGUAGAAGGUAAGCCUGCCUUCCUGCACAUGGGUGAGCUGGUGGAUGGAGUAGACAUGCGGGCGGAGGUCGGGCUCCUGAGCCGGAACAUCCUGAUCCGUGGAGAGAUGGAGGCCGGUUGCUAUGGCAGCGAGUCCUGCAAGUUCUUCAGCUUCGACACAUUCGGGGGGCACCUGAAGGUGGAACGAGGUUUCAAAGCAGUUCAUGUCCAGGGUGUUGAGCUCAUGCACAUGGGUCAGCAGUCUAUGGGUCACUACCCCGUCCACUUUCACAUGAACCUAGAUGUAGACCAGAGGGGGGGCUACGACCCGCCCACCUACGUGAAGGAUCUGUCCAUCCACCACUCCUUCUCACGCUGCGUUACCAUCCACGGCUCCAACGGCCUGCUGGUGAAGGACGUGGUGGGCUACGAUGUUCUAGGCCACUGUUUCUUCACAGAGGACGGCCCCGAGGAGAGGAACACGUUCGAGCACUGCCUCGGCCUGAAGGUAAAGGCCGGCACUCUGCUGCCCUCAGACCGUGACAGCAAGAUGUGUCGGGACAUCACAGACGGAGCUUUUCCCGGCUACAUCGCCAAACCACGACAGGACUGCAGUGCCACCUCCACCUUCUGGAUAGCUAACCCCAAUAACAACCUGAUUGACUGUGCGGCUGCUGGCUCAGAGGAGACGGGAUUUUGGUUCCUAUUCCAUAACGUCCCCACGGGUCCAUCAGAGGGCAUGUAUUCUCCUGGCACGACUGAACACACUCCUAUGGGGCGCUUCAUUAACAACCGAGCACACUCCAACUACAGGGCAGGGAUGAUCCUUGACAACGGGGUGAAAACCACUCAGGCUAAUGCCAAGGACAAGAGGCCAUACCUCUCCCUCGUAGGGGCCAGGUACGGCCCACACCAGGACUCUGACCCCUUCAAGCCAAGAGUACCCGCCCUCAUUCACCACUUUGUGGCAUAUAAGAACCAGGACCAUGGAGCCUGGCUCAGGGGAGGAGACGUCUGGCUGGACGACUGCCAGUUUGCUGAUAAUGGAAUUGGCCUCACGCUCGCCAGUGGAGGGACCUUCCCAGAUGACGACGGCUCCAGGCAGGAAGUGAAGAACUCUCUCUUUGUGGGAGAGAGUGAGAACAGAGGGAUGGUGGUGCCGGAUAGCCGGAUCUGGGGGCCUGGGGGUUUAGACCACAGUGGCCGGACCCUCCCCAGAGGAGUGGAUUUCCCCAUUCGCGGCAUGCAGAUCUACGACGGCCCAAUCAACGUUCAGAACUGCACCUUCCGUAAAUACGUCGCUCUGGAUGGACGCCACACCAGUGCUUUCGCUUUCCGCCUCAACAACUCGUGGCAGAGCUGUCCUAACAACAACGUGACGGACAUCACCUUCGACAGCGUUCCGAUCACGUCUCGCGUGUUUUUCGGAGAGCCAGGUCCAUGGUUCAGCGAGAUGCAGAUGGACGGUGACAAGACCACCGUUUUCCACGAUGUCGAUGGCUCGGUCAGCGAGUACCCCGGCGCGUUUCUGGUCAAGGAGGACAACUGGCUCCUACGCCACCCAGACUGCAUCGACGUCCCUGACUGGAGGGCAGCCAUCUGCAGCGGGCGAUUUGCCCAGAUUUACAUCCAGGCACGCAAUCCGGCCAACCUGAACAUGACGAUGGUGAAGGAUGAGUAUCCGGAGCAUCCUCUGGAGCUGGUGGGAGCACUGGGGAAGAGGAACCACUACCAGCAGUACCAGCCUGUGGUCACACUGGGCAAGAGCUACACUGUGCACUGGGACAAAGCAGCACCCGCCAAUCUGACUGUCUGGCUCAUCAACUUCAACAGAAAUGACUGGAUUACCGUGGGCUUCUGCUACCCGAAAGGCACCAACUUCACCAUCAUCUCAGACAUUCACAACCGCCUCACCAAGCAGACGAGGAAGACCGGCGUGUUCAUGAGGACGACCCAGAGAGAGAAGAUGGGCCACACGCACCAGACACGAGGCUAUUACUACUGGGACGAGGACACUGGGCUGCUCUUCCUCAAGGUCCAUGCUCACAACGAUAAGGACGACUUUGCCUUCUGCUCAGUGAAGGGCUGUGAGAGGGUGAAGAUUCAGGCCAAAAUCCCGAAAGGCAGCGGUCCCAGCGACUGCAUGGAGAGGGCUUACCCCAAGUACGCUGAAAUGCCCGUAGUGGACGUGCCAAUGCCCAAGAAACUGCCCCGCUCCAGACUGCCUCAAGCAUCAGAGCACUUUCUGGAAGUCAAGCUGGAGUCCUACAACACUCGCUUCUUCCACAUCAAAGAGGACUUCGCCUACACAGAGGUCAAUGGUAAGAAGAUCUACCAAUCAGAGAACGGCGUGCAUUUGACUGUGCUGGACAGCCACUCCGGCAAAGUGUUGGACACAAAAGGCUUCAGGAACGACAUUCUGAUGGGAAUCCCAGCUCAGAUUGAGAAUUACAUCAGCAGCCUUAAAGACGAGUCCAUAGUGAUGAUCACUUCUAAGGGCAAGUUGGUCACCAAGGGGCCGUGGACCAAAAUACUUGAAAAGCUGGGCGCAGAGCAGAAUGUGAAAUUGAAAGACAAACUGGCCUUCGUGGGCUUCAAGGGCUCUUUCCGACCUGACUGGGUGCGGCUGUCUGUGGACGAAGAGCGAGCCAAGAUUCACCAGGUGCUGCCUGUGCCCAUAGUGAGGAUGAUGAAGCUCUGAGAGAGAGAGGAAGAAGCUCCUCUCAGGACUCUCUCGCGGACUCUCGCUAAAGCACCACUGCCGGAGCGGAGGCGCUCGGGCCCCGGCCGCGCCUGCAUAGCUUCCGCACAGCAAAAUCUACAGCGUUAAAUUAAUGCCUACGAUGUCUGUUUAAGGGAACGUUCUGAGCGAAUGAGUUUUUCAGCCUCAUGUCCGUCUGUCACAUUAAUCGUUUACACAUGUUUAACUAAAUUUCAAGGAGUUCAGAGUCUAAUUAAGUCUAAUUAUUAAAAGCACAACUAACAUUAGAGGCUAGUAUUGCAGUUGCUAAAUAAAUAUAUAUUUACUAAUCGUUCAAAAAAACAAGUGCAGCCAGAUGAAUUAAUCAAAAGGAAUGAGCUUUUUUUGUCUUGGUGGAGAAAACCAACAAAUCUGUGUGUGGAGGCACCAUUAUCAGCUUGAAGAUCAGUUUCUAAGCACACAUCUAGAAGGCCUGGUGUCAUGGUGUGAGGUUGGAGGUGUGAAUUUUGUAUAGUGCCAGUUCACAUUUGUUCUUCAUUACAGGCUUUUUGGCCAGAUCCCAUUUCAUCCCUUGGCCCUACCACUUAGUCUUAACCCUCUGUUUUGUGCGUGCAUGCCUAGGGGUAGGGUGUCCUGAUUUUUGUUAGGCUGGAGGGGUAGUGUUAGUGGAAGUGUUAGGGCACACUCAAAAUAUAGGACUGAGAAUCACUGGCAAGACAGCAACACAAGCAGCCAAAGAAAACCACAGAUUUAAAAAUUAAAAUAACCACUUUAUUACCAUAUUUAAAUAUGUAUUUCAAAGUUUUAUGGACAUUUUUUCAUAUAACAAGCAUUAAUAAAAUGUUAGUAGUUCAUCUCAGUAGCCUUAUGCUAAGCAACAUCACCCUAGGUGUGAUGUGGGGAGAGAGCACUAUCUACCCACCCCAAAGGAAAACAAGGCAAAUUGUGCUCCCUCAGAGCUCCGGCAGCCUAUGGCAAGCUACAUGAACGGGAUUCGAACCGAUCUUCCGAUCAUAGUGGCAGUGCUUUGCUCACUGGUCUACUCGGAGCCCAUCAUGGAUUUGGUGUUUUGGGGAAAUGUAAAAUAAAACAAGCAGUGUCCAGUUGGUAACUUUUAUCUUCCUUCUGAAUAGCAUCACAAUCGUAUGUUUCCUUCUGGGUGCAACUAUCUUUGCAGCAAUUUCUUGUUGCAUAUUUCUACAUGGGAUGAAAUUCACAUUAUACAGCUCUGGAAAAAAUUUAGAGACCACGUCAGUUUCUGAAUUAGUUUCUCUGAUUUUGCUAUUUAUAGGUAUAUGUUUGAGUAAAAUGAACGUUGUUGUUUUAUUCUAUAAACUACAGACAACAUUUUUUCCAAAUUGCACAUAAAAAUAUUGUCAUUUAGAGCAUUUAUUUGCAGAAAAUGAGAAAUGGGUAAAAUAACAAACAAAGAUGCAGAGCUUUCAGACCUCAAAUAAUGCCAAUAAAACAAGUUCAUAUUCAUAAAGUUUUAAGAUUUCAGAAAUCAAUACUUGGUGGAAUAACCUUGGUUUUUAAUCACAGUUUUCAUGCAUCUUGGCAUCUUCGCAUGUUCUCCUCCACCAGUCUUACACACUGCUUUUGGAUAACUUUAUGCCUGCACUCCUGGUGUAAAAAUUCAAGCAGUUCAGCUUGGUUUGAUGGCUUGUGAUCAUCCAUCUUCCUCUUGAUUAUAUUCCAGGUUUUCAAUUUGGUAAAAUCAAAGAAACUCAUCAUUUUAUGUGGUCUCUUAUUUUUUUCCAGAGCUGUAUAUUCACAAAACUCAGCAACUGCACAUUGACUUCUAUUACGAAUGAAAUCCGGCUUUCUAGUUUGUUGUCUCCAACAGGAAAAAACACAUUUUUUUUUUCUGUGGUAAUUAGAACAGAUGUGGCAGACAGAGGUUAGGCUGAUCCAUUCUGAAGACCUCCUUUAAGUUCAGCCUGACUCAAAUGACCUCUAUUAGAGUUAAUUCAAUGCUGGGGGUUUUGCUGUGUAAGGACUACUGAACUCCAACCUGCCGACUCAAACCGACGCAUGCAUUCAUGUCGCCUUUCCUCCUCCAGCUCUUCAGCUCCCUCUCCCACCAGAUCGAUGUACGAUGUCAAUGUACGUGAUAAUGUGGACGUUACGUAAUUUUUUCUUUUCUUUUUUCCUUAUUUUUUUUGUGUCGUCAGUGUAUUUUGGAGAGAAAAAAAACAAAACAAAAAUUAACCAACAUUCCUCAUUUUCUACGCCCUCCCUGUGGUGUUCUCCUCCAUGUCAUUCCAGAAAGAUCUAUCUUUUUUUUCUAUCCUGUAAAAAAAAAAAAAAGAGUUUGUAAGAUUGUAAAUGUUGUGCGGUUUUCGCCAUUUAAUUAUCGCAUAUCGGAGUUUGUGGUCAGUUUGUUUGUGUUGUAGCAUACAAAAGAGCCAGCAGGGGAAGAAACGAAAAAAAAAAUACAAAUUUAAAAAGCCUUCAGAUGUAAAACCAACAGCUACAGAGAAAGUUAAUGCAACCCCAGUGCCCCCAGAAACACCACAAAAAAAAAAAACAGCUACAGAAAAGAUGGGUUCAAACCUGUGAAAGGAUCUGGCAACCUGUAUUCCAUCUAGCAAGAAGCGUGAAAAUGCCGAAAUAGCUGGUCUUUUUUCGGAGAUUUCAUUUGUAAUUUGUUAGUGAUUUGUAUGUUUUAUGUGUUUCUAAAAUUCCUCAGAUUGAUAACAGAGAUAUAUUUUAUACUUAUUUAUUGUACAGGCACUAUUGAAACAGAUCUAGAAGGGACGUCCUUUUCAGUUGUAAUGUAUUUCUGUCCUCUCUGUAUAAAAUUAACCUGUUCAACAUUUUUUUACGUUCCAGCUUUUCUCGUAUCAUUCAGAAAUGACAUGCAUUAACCCUGAGUUGUACAUUGAUGUGAUGUAAAUGUGACGGAUUUUAAAGUAAUGGAACGUAUUGCUUUGGAUCAAAACCUUUUGUAAAUAAAUGAUGAAGAUACACUUUC